AUGUCAAGCGUUUUGGAAGAGGUUGCGUCAAUUGGAAAAGAAAUUGACGCGAUCGCCGGUGGUUCUUCGGUAGUUAUAUUGUAGAAAACUAUUAUAAUAUAUUUUUGUUUGAUUCAAGGGGGAAGGAGGAUUGGAACUACUGGAAAAGCUGUCGAAACUACCUAUCGAUAUUGAUAUAAUCACGGUUUGUUUGGAUCCAAGUUGAAAAUCAUGAUAUUCUUUUUUUCAGAAGACUGCAAUCGGAUUGAAGAUAAAUAAUCUUCGAAAAAAGACGUCAGAUGAGAAAUUGUCGAAAAGAGCUAAGGCUCUGAUUAAAGAAUGGAAAUCGCUGUUGGAAACCCGCGAUGACAAUGGACCACCAGCCAAAGCGGCUAAAAAAGAAUCGGUGAGUUUAUUUUGAAUAUUUAUAUAUUUUUCCAUGAGAUGUUCUUUUUUGCUUAAAUCCUUUUCUCUCAUGAACUUAUUUUUUAAAUAAUUAAUUCACUAUCUUUUCUCUAUUUUAUUUUCAAUGCAGCUAUUUCAUACUGGUUUUCUUCACUUCAAAGUAAAUGAAAAUUGAAAGAAAAGCCAUCUUUAAAAAGGUUUUUGGAGGAAAACAAAACAGCUGUAUUUUUUUAGGUUUUCGAAUUAAAUUUGGAGUUUUUUUAGAGUGUCAUUUUUUUCGUAAUCAGGUUUUCAUUGAGCUUUUUCUGGUGGUAUGAAAAAACCACCAGCGAAAAAUUCAAACGGCGACUUUCUCUAGGGAACUUUCCAACGGUCACCUUUCCGACGAAUCUUUUUUUCCGACUUUUUUUCUCGAUAAAAUCUUCGUUUUAAAUCUUCCUAUAUAAAGUAGGUAGUUGGUUCAUGAUUAAAAACACAAUUAAAUAGGAAAAAAAUGUUUAUAGAUGUUUUAUAAACCGAAAAAAACUUAAGGGAAAAAAAUCGGAAAGUUCCCUAGCGAUAUGAAAAAAAUCGUAAAAGUCGCCGUUUUUAAGUUUCGCUGGUGUUUUUUUUUUUCAUACCACCCUUUUCUGAUAAUAUGAAAAUGUGUUGAGAUAUUUUAUCGAAAGUUCCAAGAACUUUACUGUUUCGGUGUAUGGAAACACAAAAAUAUCAGCCUUUUUCAAAAUUUUCAGAUUAUAAAUUUGUUAUUUUUUUUAAAUUUGGGUCAUGAUUCUUUUCAUAUUUUCAGGGAGCUCGGAGAGGAUCCGGCGAAAGUCACCCAAAAGAAAAAGAACCGAAACUGAAGCACAAGGAGCCGUCGAAUGGAUCUUCUUCAUCCCAAAGCUCCAAUUCUAACAAACCUUCGGUCAUCGCCAAUUUUUCCAGCGCAACUUUCCCUCCAAAACAUUUGGAGAACGAUGAGGUACAUUACCAAAAAGAUAUUAAUACAAAUAAAAUUUACUUUUUAAUUUUUUUUAGUACCGCCUUAAAUCGGCUCAACUUCUUCUAUCAGCCUUGCGUACUGGGGAAAUGCCACAAGGUACACUUGACCCCGAAGAAUUGGCUGUUCAAAUCGAGGAGAAGAUUUACAAGGUGAAUUUUAAUAAAUUGAGACAUACAGUACAUAUUUUGCACACGAUUAUUGCGAGAAAAAAAAAAGAACUUUUUUCAAUUUCUUUUUUGAUUUCCAGAAUGUUUUCUUGCGUGUUCAGUCCUGGCCGCUUAUAAAAAAAAUGCCAAAUUUUUUUCAUAGAAAGAUCCCGGUUUUCCAGUUCUGGCCGCUGUAAAUUUUUUUAUAGAAAGAUCCAGAUUUUUGGGCUCUGCCAAAUUGAAAAUUUAAUAUUUCUAUCGAGUUUUCUACUGUAGUGAAAACUGUAUGAUAGAAAUUUGGAAAAGUUCAAUUAUUUUGAAAAUUAUAUGCUUCUUUUCGCCACCAACUUUUUAUAUUCAUUUUUUUUGUAAAUUAAUUUCUCAUCAGUUUUAUCAGAGUAUUGAUUGAUCAUUAGCUUAUGUUGCUUGCAAUAGCUCUAUCGUCAAAGUUCUCGUAUGAAUAUUGAUAACUUGAUCCCAUCUUUCAAUCAUUUUCCGAGAGCCUCCUUAAACAUUUUGCAAAUUUUUUCUUCCCAGGUGCACAAAGGUCGGAAUGACAAGUACUCGGCAGCCAUCAGAAGCCGUAUUUUCAACUUGAGAGACAAGAAAAACCUCGCCCUGAGGUUUUUGAUCACAAAAAGGCCAAAAAAUGAAAAUCUGAAAUUUCAGAGAAAAUGUGCUGACGGGUGUGGUGAAGCCGGACCAUUUUGCGGUGAUGACCAGCGAAGAAAUGGCGUCGCCAGAUAUCCGAGCCAUGCGUGACAAGUUCACCAAGGAGAGCAUCAAUGAGCAUCAGAUGAGCGUCGCUCAAGGUGAGAUUUUGGAAAUUUUGACCGUUUUUUUUUCAAGUUACUGCGAAUUUUUGUUAAGAAAUGCGCCACUUUCUAAAUGAAUUCGCCUUGAUUAGGAGAAUUUGCUGUUUCAGAGGUUUUAUGUUGAAAAUAGAACUUUAAAUCAGACUUUUUCGUUCUCACCACUGUGAAUCAUUUUGUGGAAUGAGGAAAAAAAGAAAAAAAGAAGUGGAUUUUCGAACUUUAAACAUAAAUUAUCUCUUUGAAUUUUGAUUGUUUGGAAAACGUGUUCGAUAGGAAAAUAAUUUUACUUUUCAAAUGUCUAUAGAUGGAGAUAGGAAUUUUCACUUUUCACUUUUUCUCAUUCAUUUUUUUAUGUCGGUUUUUCCGAAACGUCCUCUAAUUAAGAAAUUUGACAUUUUUCGGUUUAUUUUUGUGUGUUAAAUACAUUGUCAACGAAAUUUUUGAUUUUUUUUUGAGAUUUUUAGUUUCAAUCAAAAAAUCUCAAAAAUCUCAUUUUAUCUGGAAUGCUAAUUUUUGAUUCGACACUUCAUAUUCGACUAUCUAACUUAAAUCUUCGCAGGAACCCCAUCGGACAUGUUCAAAUGUGGAAAGUGCGGCGGGAAGCGUUGCACUUAUACGCAGCUCCAAACGCGCUCUUCCGACGAGCCGAUGACGACUUUUGUCUUCUGCCUCGACUGCGGAAACCGAUGGAAGUUCUGUUAA